AUGAGUGAACAUAAACUUGCUAUUCCUCUUGCUGCUCUUGAGCAGCAACUGGCGGGUAAGGGCUCAGCAGCAGCAGUAUCCGCCUUUUUAGCGUCUAAACAGCAACAGCAACAACAACAGCAGCAGCUGCAGUUGUUGCAGCAAGAGCAGCAGCAACAGCAGCAGCAGCGGGACUCGCCUUUGCUUCGUGAUAGCGAUAGCUCUGUGGGUCUUCUUUCUACCUCGGGUGUAUGUACAGAUGCAGCCUUCUCGGGGUGCCGUACAAAUCCAGCAGCAGCAACAGCAGCAGCAGCAGGAUCUGCUGCUGCUGGUUCUCGUCUAGACAGCAGCAGCCUGUAUGCUGCUUCUCCUAUGCAUGCAUUGCUGCAUAUGGAGGAAAGUGUGUUGCGUUCUUCUAAGGAUAGUGGUGCUGCUGCUCCCGGUGGAGCAGCAGCAACAGCAGCAGCAGCAGCGACAGCAGGAGCUGUUGGUGCUGCAGCAGCAACAGGAGGUUGUCCUGGUGUUGGUGGUCCUAGUAUAUCUACAGGGCCCUGUCUUUCUGUUACUCCUGUUGCUCCUACAUCUGCUGCAGCAGGAGGAGGAGGUGGAGGUGGAUGCAGCAGCACAGGCCGCAGCAGCUCGCUGCUGCUGCAGGACAGUCUUGCUGCUGCGGUGUCUCCUGAAGCAGGUUAUAUAUCGUCUCCUUUUGCUUCUGGUUCUCCAACGGAGACACCAGAAGGUUUGUUGCAGCCGCGCAGCAACAAGCAUAGCAGCAGCAGCAGCAACCCAACACCAUCAUCAUCAUCAACAGCAGCAGCAGCAGCAGCAGCAGCAGUACAGCUGUCUCUGUCUACUCCUUUAGAUCGUUUUUUUGAUGCUUUUGCUUCUCCUGAUAUUCCUCUUGUAGAAGGUUUAUGUGAUCAGCAUGCUGCUGCAUCUGCUGCAGCAGCAGCUGCAGCAGCAGCAGCAGCAGCAGGAGAUGAGGAGGAGGAUACAGCCUUCCCUCUCAAUGGUAAAUCUAACAAUAUAAAUAUCAAUAACAGCAACAGCAAUAACAACAGCAACAGCAGCAACAGCAGCAACAGCAGCAGCAAUAGUACAACAACAACAACAGCAACAACAACAACUGCUGCUGCAGAUACACUGCAGACAUCAUGUGCAUUCCCUAUAAAGACAAGUAAUAUUUAUUUAGAUAAAGAAAGAGAAGAUAACGAAGAAGAUAUACUUACACAUAGAGGAUCAGCAGCAGCAGCAGCAGCAGGAGCAGGAGGUGGUGGUGGUGGUGUUCUUUCGUGCAGUUGCAGCACAUGCUGCAGCAGCAGCAGUAGUAGUACAAAUAAUAGCAGCAGCAGCAGGAGUGGUUGUACAACAACAAGUACAUCUAGUACACCUACACCUCAUCAUCAUACUACUACAACAGAUCUUGCUGCUGCAGUUGCAGCAGCAGCAGCAGCAGCAGGAAUAGAUGGAGAUAUAGGAUCAUGUGCAUCAGAUAUAUGUGCAUUGCAGCAACUGCAGCAACUGCAGCAGCAGCAGCAGCAUCAACAGAGAGGAUUAUUAUUAGAAGAUGAUACAAAUACAGGAAAUAUAGAUACUGCAACAGCAGCAGUAGCAGCAGCAGCAGGUGCAGCUGCAGCAGCAGCAGCAGCAGCAUCAGCAGCAGCAGCAGCAGCAGCAGCACAAUCAUCAUCCUCUUCUUCCUCAUCAAUCCCAUCAUCAUUAGAUAAUGAAUAUAUUCACAGAUUAUCUUUAUCAUCAACAACAACAACAGCAACAACAACAACAACAACAACAACAACAACAGCAACAUCAUCAACAACAGCAGCAGCAGCAGGAACAGGAACAACAGGAACAGGAACAACAGGAACAGGAACAGGAACAGGAACAACAGGAACAAGAGGAAGAGUAAGAAGAGUAAGAGAAGAAGAAGAAGAAAUAUUAUUAUGUGAUGCAGAUCGUGUAUUAGUAGAUUUUCAAUUAUUAUUAAUAUUAAUAUUUGAUCAAAUAUCUAAACAUGGUACUAUUGCAGCAGCACCUAUUGCACAAAUGGUAUCUAAUUGUCCUGCUGCUGUAUUUGUACAAGUUGUUGCUGCUCUUGAGUCUGCAGCAGCAGCUGCUGCAGCUGCAGCUGCUGCUGCUUCAGAAGCACCUGGAUGUGGUAAAUUAACAUCUACUUAUACCCCUACAGGUUUAGCAGCAGCAGCUGCAGCAGCAGCAGCAGCAGCAGCAGCAGAUUCAGAAGGAGGGAAGAAGCAUGAGACAAGUUCCAUAGAGGAACUAUCCGAAGAUUUACAGUUAGCAGCAGCAGCUGCUGCAGCAGCUGCUGCUGCAGUAAACAACAGCAGCAACAACAGCAACAGCACCAACAACCAACAGCAGCAGCAACAGCAGCAGCAACAGCAGCAGCAACAGCAGCAGCGUAAUAAUAAUAAUACAAGUAUAGGAGUGUCUCCUUCAUCAUUUAUACCUGCAAGUGUUAAUAAAAGGAGACACCCUAAUCUACAGGCAGAAAUAUUAAACUCUUGUUGUCCUGAGAGUUUAGCAAGAAGAGGAUCUAGAUUAUUAGGUGAGGUACUACAAAAAUUACAAUCAGAGCAGCAGCAGCAGCAGCAGCAGCAACAGCAGCAACAGCAGCAACAGCAACAGCAGGUUGGUGGUGGUGGUAGAUCUGGUGGUAAUAAAACACAUUCUUCUCCUCAAGCUUUUUCUAUUGAUACUGCAGCAGGAAGAACACAAGAUGCUACUGCAGCAGCAGCAGCAGCAGCAACUGCAGCAGCAGCAGCAGCAGGAGGAGGAGAUGGGGAGAGUGAUACAUUAAGUACAUGUAGUGUAAGAGGAAGAAGGAAAAGAUCAGCAGCAGGAGAAAGAUAUUUAGGGGAAGCAUUAGCACAACUUGCUGCACUGCAGCAACAAGUUGCUGCUUCCUCUUCUCCAGCAGCAGGAGCAGCAACAACAGGUACUGCAGCAGCAGCAGCAGGAGGAGAGACAGAAGAAAUGAUGGCACAAGAUGGACCAUUAAAGACACAUGGCUAUGGUCUACGUAAGGCAACAUCUAAGAAACUUCGUGCUGCUGCUGCUGCUGCACAUAACAGCAGCAGCAGCAGCAGCAGCAGCACUAAAGGACGCAUGCGUUUAACACCUGUUAAAGGUAGUCCACCACAGCAGCAUGGACGUUUACGUGCUGCUGCAGCAGCAGCAGCUGCUGCUGCUGCUGCUUCUGCUGCAGCAAGUCCUGCUGUAUCUAUACUUGAUGGCAUGCAGCAAUCGCAAUCAUCACAGCAGCAGCAGCAGCAGCAAGAUGAAUUACCAUCUGCUGCUGCAGCAGCAGCAGCAGCAGCAUCAUCAUGUCCUUCUCCUACCUCUCCUUCUUCUCCUUCCUCCCCACACCAGCAACAGCAGCAACCCCACCUUAGUAACACACAACCAGCAUCAUCUACUUCUUCUCAAUCCUCUCAAUCAUCAUCAUCUACUGCAGCAACAACAGCAGCAGCAACUGCAGCAGCAGCAGCAGCAGGACAACAACAACAGCAACAACAACAAGGAGGAGGAGGAUUAAGUCCUAGGAAGUAUGGGUACGAGACAGCUCGUGGUUUAGCUAUGCAUUGCCGAUUAGAGAAGUUAUUAAGCGGAGAAGCACAUACACUACAAAAGGGAAUGCUCGCUGUAUUCAAGCCUGUUAUUCAUUCACCUCCUCCUCCUCCUCCUGCUGCUGCUGCUGGUGGUGGUGGUGGUGGUGGUACUGCUGCAGCAGGUAAUGCAACAGCAGCAGCAGCAGCAGCAGCAGCAGCAGGAACGGUUAAUUCACCUGCUUCUUCUGCUGCUUCCAAUGGUAGUUGUAAUGUAUCUGGAUGUACAACUGAUGGUGCUGCAGCAGCAGCAGCAGUUGCUGCUGCUGCUGCUGCUGCUGCUGCUGCUGGAGGAGGAGGAGGAGGAGGAGCAGCAGCAGGAACAAAGAAUGAGAAUAGUAAUCCUAUGGAAGAAAAUGACAAAAAAAAAACAGAUAAAAAAUAUUCACAUAAACCUAAUGCAGCAGCUGCAGCAGCUGCUGCUGCUGCUGCAGCUGCAGCAGCUGCAGCAGCAAGGAUGGAUGGUAAUAGAACAGGAGAAGCAGAAGGUGAUAAUAAUAAAACAACAGGAAAACAGGAUAGUGCUGCAGCAAAUGCAGCAGCUGCUGCUGUUGCUGCUGCUGCUGCUGCUGCAGCAGCAGGUGCAGCAACAGGAGGAAGAGCAUAUAACGAUAUGCUGCAGCUAAUGAGUAGAUCUGUGCCCCGCAGUUCGGGUGUAUGUACAGAAGGAGAUACAGAUGCAGCAGCAGCAGCAGCAAAUGCUGCUGCAGCUGCAGCAGCAGCAGAAUUAUUAGCUAAACAGGAAGAAGGAGAAACAAGAGAAAAUACACAAGAUGUUAAUAAUAAUGUACAGACAGUAGGAGAACAAUUCUUAGCUGCUGCUGCUGCUGCUGCUGCUGCAUGCGAUGCCCGAGGGUUUACAGGAUAA